GCCAAAAUGAAACAGCGGGCAGAUUCGAAAGACUCUGACGUUUUAUGUGCCAUCAAUGAAAGACAAUAUUCAACGACACCAAAGCGUUUAGAGGUGACGACUAUACGUAUCAUCAUUUGAAUUUUGAUUGCCGUGUAAAACAAUAGCUUUUUGAUUGAACUUUUUCAGAAGAUAUUCCUUGACAAAAUCAAACAAGCAACUAUUUAGUCAAUCGUCCAGCUUUGCAUUAAUAUUUCCUAUAUCAUUACACAGCGUUCAAGAUUAGUAAUGAAUGAUCAACAGUCUGUUGGUGGAAAAUUAUCCCAAUCCGUGCACUUUAGUGAUGGUGUUUUCGAUCUCACUGAUGAACACAAUGAAGAGUGCUCGGACUCAUCCAAGUCUAACAAUAUUCUGUUGCGUGUUAUUGAUUGGUGUGGGGAAAAGUUGGCAUGGAGUUUUGGCAUUUCCUCACCGAAAUAUUAUUAUAUAAUUGAGAAUGCCAAAAUGAGAGCGUCAGAAAGAGAUUUCAUUGACUUGGGUGAUAUGGAUGAUCCACAUGUCGCCAUUCUUCAGUGUUCGGUGCCAAAUAAAAACUAUACUCAUCCAUCAGUUCUUUCAUCUGGCUAAACGUAUCGUGAAUAGUUUGACUAAUUUUUCUUGAAUCUUUGUGACUUUUCAUUGUUUAUUUACUAUCUAUAAAACAAUCCAGCCCUUAAAGUAGUAUUGUCAGAUAUUCUAUCACAUGUAGAAUAUAUCAUAUUGUUUUAAGUAUUUAUAUAAUUCACUAUGAACGUACUAAUUACUUUCUGGCUGUAAUUUUUGUACAAUUUUAUCUUCUGUUAAAAAUGUGUAAAAGAUGCUUAUUUAUUGUAUACUUCAGAAGUGGUUUUUCCUUUGCUUAUUGAUACAUAUAUUUCAUCAUAUACUUUGUAGGCAUUGCUUUUUUGUAACAAUUAUAUUGCAUCAUUGUAUAAUUUACUUUUUCAUUCUGUCGACAAAUUAUUGAAACUCAAUUAUCAAACAACACAAGGUCACGUAAUUCAACUUCAAACAUGAAGUAUUAUGUUAGGACAAAUUCUUUGUUGCCCGAACCGAAGUGGAUAGAUCGUGGCUCAAAUCUUUGAUACGCUGAUGAAAAGUCAGAUCUUAACCAUUAAGCCACAGCACCAAUCUAUCGUAUAAUAUAUAUGAUUUGACUUUUCUGACAUCCGAACAAGAUUCAGCGUAAUUAUAACACUUUAAUGAAUUAUUGAUAGCAAUUCUUCCACUUAGUAAGAAUAAACUUAGUAGUAAUUUUUUGAUUGAGAUCAUGAAUCAAUUGAUGUUAGACCACCGUUGGAAACCUGGAAGCACUGGACGGCCG